AUGCCACAGCAGAUGUUUCUUCUGUCAGUGGUGUCCAUGUGGCUUUUGGCUGGGUACUUCCCAGCUGAAGCAACAUACUACAACCAUCCCUUGUACAACCGCCAUUUGUACAAUUACCGCCACCGCAUAUUCAACCACCAUGCCAGCAUGGACAACCUACUGCCUCCAGAGGUACCAGCAGAGGCGGAGGUACUACCGCCUCGCACCUUUCAUGGGAUCAUGUUUGACGCCGGCAGCACUGGCACCCGCAUCCACAUCUACAAGUUCAUUCAGAAGGACCCAGCUGGGCUGCCAGUGCUUGAUAAUGAAAUGUAUAAUGCAGUGAAGCCUGGACUGUCAGCAUAUGGAGAUAAUCCUGAAGAGGGUGGAGAGACCAUCAGACAGCUGCUGAAGGUGGCUAAAAAGACCAUCCCCAAAGAGGAAUGGUGGCAGACCCCCGUGUUACUGAAAGCCACCGCUGGCCUGCGGUUGAUGCCCAAGGAGAAAGCCCAAGCUCUGUUGGAUGAGGUGAAACAUGUAUUUGACGAAUCUCCUUUCUAUGUGCCAAAGAACAGUGUCACACUCAUGAAUGGCACAAAUGAAGGAGUGCUGGCCUGGGUUACAGUGAAUUUCCUGACAGGUCACUUGUAUGCCAAUACCAGAAAAACUGUAGGAAUCUUGGAUCUGGGUGGAGGUUCAACCCAGAUCACAUUUCUCCCAAAAUCAAAGAAAACAGUGCAGAAUGCUCCUCACGAUUACAUUGCACGCGUCAACAUGUUCAACACUACUUACGAGCUUUACACCCACAGUUACCUUGGAAAUGGACUUGUUGCAGCCCGACUGGCGACUCUCGGUGCGCUUGGAGCAGAUGGUCUUGACUACAAGGUUUUCACAAGUUCUUGCCUACCUAAGAAGUUCAGAGAAGAUUGGACCUUUAGUGGGAUCACCUACAAAGUCAGUGGAAUCCCAGAUGGUUAUGCAGGAUAUAAACUGUGCUACCAUGAAGUGAUGCAUGUAGUGAAAGGGAUCAUACACCAGCCCUAUGAAGUCAAGGGAAACAGUGUCUUCUAUGCCUUCUCCUAUUACUAUGACAGAGCUGUGGAGUCUGGCCUUAUUGAUGGCUCCAGAGGCGGUGUUGUGGAGGUCAGAGAUUUCAAGAAGAAAGCCAAGGAAGUUUGCAACAAGAUGACUAAAUACCGUCCCAUCAGCCCUUUCUUGUGCAUGGAUAUGACCUAUAUCACUGUCCUUCUGAAAGAGGGAUUUGGCUUCAAGGACAACACUGUUCUGCAGCUUGCUAAAAAGGUGAACAAUGUUGAAACGAGCUGGGCCUUAGGGGCCACUUUUGAUUACUUUCACAACCUGAACAUUCACUAA